UGUUUGUACUUGCGCAUGAAUCAUGCCGUUUCUCUCAUACCAGCUUCAUACACACACACACAUAUAUAUACACAGAUAUUAAAUGAUGUCUCAACACACCCAACAAAUAAUCUGAAGCUUCUAGAAAUUAAAGAAGAUGAGAUAUCGAUCAGCAUGGCAGUCUUUCUUCCUUGUGUUUUUGGUGGGAUAUAUGUUGGUAUGGAUUCUGUUGCCUACAAAGACUUACAAGAAUUCAUGGACUCCCAAAAUGCAGAAAAAGCUCAACUCCACUUACUUCCGUGAACAAGGGGUUAAUCUUCUUUUGCUAAGCUUCCCUCCUAUGCUCGUCGCCGCCCUUGGAUGUGUAUAUCUACAUCUGCACAAGAAAUCCAGCUUCGCGAGUAGCAAAAGGUCUUACCUUUCGAUGAAACGGCCGGCGAUGGUGGCGGCACCGCUAGGCAUUGUGAACGCAGUCGAGCUGACCUUCGCGGCCAUGUUCGUAUUACUUAUGAUAUGGUCCUUGGCUAACUACUUGUAUGUUAGCUUCGAGCAUCUCCACAUGCACACUCCCGGAGAAAAAGUAUGGCAAGCCAAGUUCCGUAGCGUGUCACUGAGGCUGGGAUACAUCGGACACGCGUGCUGGGCUUUCCUCUUUUUUCCCGUGACACGAGGCUCGUCGUUGCUGCCUCUGAUCGGGCUGACCUCCGAUUCCAGCAUCAAGUAUCACAUCUGGCUCGGCCAUCUCUCCUCGUUGCUUUUCACUCUACACAGCGUGGGAUUCAUCAUAUACUGGUGGACCAUGACUGAUCAAAUGAUGCAGAUGCUUGAGUGGAGCAGCACCUACCUCUCUAAUUUCGCCGGAGUAAUAGCCUUUGCGCUGCUGCUGGCCAUUUGGGCGACGAGCUUCGACCGUGUGAGGCGGAAAAUGUUCGAAGUCUUCUACUACACACACCAUCUCUACUCCAUCUAUAUUUUCUUCUACAUGUUCCAUGUUGGAGUCGCCUAUCUCUGCAUGAUCCUCCCCGGAAUCUUCCUCUUCCUCAUCGAUCGUUACUUGAGAUUCCUCCAAUCCCGAGGGAGCGCCCGCCUCCACUCCGCCCGUCUUUUACCCAAUGGAGCAAUGGAACUCACCUUUGCGAAGAAUCCAGAGCUGUCGUAUAACACAACUAGCACGUUGUUCGUUCGUGUCCCGAGUAUAUGCAAACUGCAGUGGCAUCCAUUUACAGUGAUUUCCAACUCCAACAUGGAGAAAGAUAAGCUGAGUGUUGCAAUCAAACCUUAUGGAGGUUGGACACAGAAGCUCUACAAACACCUUUCUACACCUUUGGAUCAUCUUCAAGUAUCAACCGAAGGCCCUUAUGAACCUGCAUCAUCUCAUUUUCUAAGCCAUGAGUCUUUGGUGAUGAUAAGUGGAGGAAGCGGUAUCACCCCUUUCAUCUCCAUAAUCCGCGAAAUCAUCCACAAAAGUACAUCAGAAUCAAGCACCAAGGUCCCAAGAGUCCUCCUAGUCACAGCCUUUAAGAACACAACUGAUUUGGCAAUGCUAGAUCUCUUGCUUCCUCUCUCCGAAGCUUCUGUAGACCUCUCCAAACUGGAGCUGCAGAUAGGAGCAUACAUAACUCGAGAGCACGAGAGGCCCGUUGGGGAUGAUAAAAACCAAAUCGAGAUCAAACUCUUUAGGCCAAAUCCAUCAGACACUCCAAUAUCUGCAGUGCUAGGGAAGAAUAGCUGGCUGUGGCUUGGUGCCAUAAUCUCAUCAUCCUUCCUCAUGUUUCUGCUUCUUCUCGGGCUUGUUACUCGUUACCACAUAUACCCUGUUGAGAAGAGGGGAGACAAUUAUCAUUACAGCUACAAACUCCUUUGGGACAUGUUUCUUGUUUGUGCAAGCAUCUUUGUAGCAACUAGUGCUAUUUUCAUCUUCCAGAAGAGAAAUGUUUCUGAAGAAGGGAAUCAAAUUAAGAAUAUCGAGCUGCAAACUCCAACCAUGUCUCCUUCUUCGUGGUUAACCCCUUCGGAUAGGGAACUGGAGAGCCUGCCUCAGCAGUCUCUUGUCCAAUCCACAAAAGUGCAAUAUGGUGCAAGGCCUGAUCUCAAGAGGAUAUUGUUUGAUUGCAAAGGUUCAGAUGUUGGAGUCCUUGUCUGUGGGCCUAAAACUAUGAGGCAUGAAGUUGCCAGAAUAUGUGCCUCUGGUUUGGCCAAAAACCUGCAUUUUGAGUCCAUGAGCUUCGACUGGUGAUGAAUGUUUUGCUGAUUAAUUAGAACGACCGUCUCUCGAUUUUUAUUUGUUUCUCAGAUUUCUCAUCGAGGUCUUAAGGCCUUGCUUAUUCCUAUUGAGAAAUUCAACUCCACAUACUUUAGAGAACAAGGUGUUAAUCUUCUUCUGUUUAGUUUCCCACCUAUGCUGGUGGCUGCAAUGGGGUGUGUUUAUCUACAUCUAAAAAAGACGAAAUCGGAUUCUAAGAGGUGGUUGUACCUCUCCUUGAAGCGGCCGGCAAUGGUUGCGGCACCACUAGGCAUAGUGAACGCGGUCGAGCUGACAUUCGCAGCUAUGUUUGUAGUACUCAUGAUCUGGUCUUUGGCUAACUACUUGCAUGUCAGCUUUGGGCAUCUCCACAUGCACACCCCCGGAGUAAAAGUAUGGGAAGCCAAGUUCCGUAGCGUGUCACUGAGGCUGGGAUACAUCGGAAACACUUGUUAUGCUUUCCUCUUCUUCCCAGUCACACGAGGCUCGUCUCUGCUGCCUCUGGUGGGCCUCACCUCUGAUUCCAGCAUCAAGUACCACAUCUGGCUCGGCCACCUCUCCUCGGUGCUCUUCACCCUUCAUAGCGUGGGAUUCGUUAUAUAUUGGUGGGCGAUGAGUGAUCAAAUGUACCUGAUGCUUGAGUGGAGCAGCACCUACCUCUCUAACGUAGCUGGAGUGAUCGCGUUCGUGCUGCUGCUGGUGAUCUGGGUGACGAGCUUGCAACGCGUUAGGCGAAAAAUGUUCGAGCUCUUCUUCUACGCCCACCAUCUCUACACCAUCUACUUAUUCUUCUACAUGUUCCAUGUUGGAGUGGCCUAUCUCUGUAUGAUCCUGCCCGGAAUCUUCCUCUUCCUCAUCGAUCGUUACUUGAGAUUCCUCCAAUCCAGAGAGAGGACUAGGCUGGAUUCCGCGCGCUUGUUGCCAAAUGGAACAAUGGAACUCACCUUUGCCAAGAAUCCAAGACUGUCGUAUAAUACUGCCAGUACGUUGUUCGUGCGUGUCCCGAGCAUAUGCAAAUUGCAGUGGCAUCCAUUUACAGUCAUCUCCAACUCCAACAUGGAGAAAGAUAAGCUGAGUGUUGCAAUCAAAUCUCAUGGAGGUUGGACUCAGAAGCUCUAUAAACACCUCUCUAUGUCUUUAGAUCAUCUUCAAGUAUCGACCGAGGGCCCUUAUGAACCGGCUUCCUCUCAUUAUCUAAGCCACGAGUCGUUAGUGAUGAUAAGUGGAGGAAGCGGAAUCGCCCCUUUCAUCUCCAUUAUCCGUGAAACCAUACACAAAAGUACUACUGCUGAAUCAGACACCAAGGUUCCAAAACUCCUCCUAGUAGCUGCGUUCAAGAACACAAGUGAUCUGACCAUGCUCGAUCUCUUGCUCCCUCUCUCCGGAGCUUCUCUAGACCUCUCGAAACUGCAGCUGCAGAUAGAAGCCUAUGUUACCCAAGAGACGGAAAAGCCUAUUGAGGAUGCCAAAAACCAAAUAGAGAUAAAACUCUUUAGGCCAAAUUCAUCAGACUCUCCGAUAUCUGCAGUGCUUGGGAAGAACAGCUGGCUGUGGCUUGGUGCAAUAAUCUCAUCAUCCUUCCUCAUGUUUCUGCUUCUUCUCGGGCUUGUUACUCGUUACCACAUAUACCCUGUCGAGAAAAGGGGAGAGAACUACCAUUACAGCUACAAAAUCAUGUGGGACAUGUUUCUUGUUUGUGCAAGCAUCUUUGUAGCAACUAGUGCCAUUUUUCUCUUGCAGAAGAGGAAAGGUUCUUCAGAAGGGAAUCAAGUCCAGAAUGUCGAGCUGCAAUCUCCAACGAUGUCGCCUUCUUCGUGGUUAUCCCCUUCGGAUAGGGAACUGGAGAGCCUGCCUCACCAGUCUCUUGUCCAAUCCACAAAAGUGCACUAUGGUGCAAGGCCUGAUCUCAAGAGGAUACUGUUUGAUUGCAAAGGAUCAGAUGUUGGGGUUCUCGUUUCCGGUCCUAAGACUAUGAGACACGCAGUUGCCAAAAUAUGCGCCUCUGGUUUAGCUAAAAACCUGCAUUUCGAGGCCAUGAGCUUUGAUUGGUGA